UCCAAGAAAUGUGCCCAGGUCAAAAAUAGAAUAAGCCAACUGAAAUAAAAUAUUGUAUCAAGUGAUCAGUAUACAUCUACCAAAUAAAGGGGUUAUCAAAGGUGAAGAUAAAGUAGUAAUCUCCAAAAGUAAUACAAUUAUUAAUGAUUAAAAUUUUACACCCUGAGACUAAGAUAUUACAAUGAAAUGUUUAAAAAAUAUUUUAGAGUAUUAUCACCUUAGGUCAAUCUGAUUAUUAUUAUGAAUGAAUGAAUGAAAUGAAUGAAUACCCAAAUGAAUGAAUACUUAAGUGAAGUCAUGACAAUGUUUAAUACCUUGAGAUGCUCACAACAAUUUGGAAUACUCAGAGAAGAUGACUUGAAUACAAACAAACUAGUUGAAAUUCAAUGUGGCUCACAGUAAAGAAGCAGUGGGUUUCUAUUUGUAGAACAAAGAAUCUCAACCAAAAACAUAUAUACGACUAAAAUAUUCUCAAAUGCAAUUAUCAAGGCUUUAAAAAGAAUAUAAACUUUUUACUAUGUAAAUCUUUUCUGUUCCCCCACCUCCCUGCAUUUUUUAAUGUUAGGCAUAAGUGACCAACAAACCAGAAUAGAAUACACAUUUUUAAAAUACUAAUUUACACAUAUUCUAUUUAAGAACAACAUAUAACCACUCAUAAAUUUAGCCUUUUUAAAAAAGUAUCCUUAUAUAAAACAGUGGGGAGCGGGGGAAAUCCCUGCUAUACAUAUGAAGCACAGUUUAAGCCCAAUACAACUGACCAAUCAAAAUUAGUGAAUGCACUGCAUCUCUCUGCAGUGGAGAGAAGCGACAAGGUAGGCUGUCAUUCUGCAAAAGCUGCCCAGAACAGGCUUUCCUCCGAAAAGCAGUGCCGUUCCUUUUUAGAAAGACUGAAUCUAAAUGUUGUCUCUGGAGACAAGAAGCCUUCAGUAUGUUAAAUUACUUUCAUUAUGUAUUUUCAGAUGCUUAUUGAUUCCACAGUAGGAAGAGUGAGAGACUGCAGCAGCCUCUAAGCAGCACUACAUGUUCCAUACAUUAGCAGUACUGCUGAAACAAUGGCACACUACAGACACAUAUUUUCAUUAAGGUCAUUUUCGAAGAGAUGUUUAUGACCCUCUUCCCCUAGUCCUCUACUAACAAGUGAACAAAAUGAAUCAAUCCAAACUGGAAAUGCUUCAACUACAUCAAGAAUUUAUCAAAUCUUUAGCGGAGGACCGAUAGCAGCUAAUUCAGUAUUUACAACUGACAAUAUGAAGAAUGCAACUGACUGAGCAUCUCCCUAGCUGUCUGAACUACGAACUGCAAGAUGUUCCUAUAACAUGACUUAAGACAUUAAGGAGUUAAAACCAGGGAACAGGUCUACAUUACUGUUGGAAUAUAAAAAAUCAACUGUAUCCUAGGAAGAUGCUACAGAAAAUAACCACAAAAAGAAAAACAAUAUAACUGUAAAAGCCCGAAAAGAACUGGUGAGCAUUUUAAAAAAGGAAGUUUAUACUUUAACAUACCAGAAUUGUGGAAGCUACUGAUUCUGGAAGAAAUAAUGAAACAUGAAUUUCCAAAAAGAAAAUAACAUACUUGACCAGCAAACAAAAGGAAGAUUUAGCAAGUGUGUUGUGCACUAAAUAUUCAGAUAUUCAUAUCAAUUGAUACGACUAAUGGAUUUUUCUGACUUUUAUGACCAAUUAUGUAUCCUCUUCUAAUGAAAACAAACCAAAUUAAAUAGCAGAUGGUUUUUAUCAAAAGGGCAUGGCCUGGAUUUAUAAUAUAAAGCAAGUUAUGUGAUCAAGAAAUCAUUUCAAAAUAGCGAGGACUGCUAUAAAAACAGUUUACAAUUGUAACAAAAGGAUGUUUAAAUAUAUUUUAGAAGCUACAAAUCUUAUGAUGUUUCCUUUUUUGUUUUCACAUAUUCUGGAAAAUAAAGAGACAUUCUCAUGUACACCAUCAAAGGGAAACAUAAUUCCUAUCAUCUGAGGAAGUUUCUCUUGGUCAUGACUUUUUAAAGCAAAACAAAUAAAAUAUUAUGUACUGUUCUUUAGAAAUCCAUCAGCCAACUAAAUCUCAUAAUGCAUGCAGUUGAAGUACUGGAGAGAAAAUGAAAGAAUUCCUACAAGACAUGAAAUAAAUCACAGCUACUUCACUGUUGUCAGGUAAAAAUUCAUGUCAAAAUCUGUCAAUGAUAUCAUGUAUCAAUUUGUCAAAAACUGCCAUUGUGAGCCAAAAGGCCCAUAAGGCAACAGCAAACAGGGAAAAAAACAACUGCUCCAAAAGAAUGUGCUUUUCUCCCAUUCUGGAAAUCAACAUGCAGUCUGAAUCUAACAUUACAGUGCGAGAUGACAUUGAUGACAUCAACACCAAUAUGUACCAACCACUAUCAUAUCCGUUAAGCUUUCAAGUGUCUCUCACCGGAUUUCUUAUGUUAGAAAUUGUGUUGGGACUUGGCAGCAACCUCACCGUAUUGGUACUUUACUGCAUGAAAUCCAACUUAAUCAACUCUGUCAGUAACAUUAUUACGAUGAAUCUUCAUGUACUUGAUGUAAUAAUUUGUGUGGGAUGUAUUCCUCUAACUAUAGUUAUCCUUCUGCUUUCACUGGAGAGUAACACUGCUCUCAUCUGCUGUUUCCAUGAGGCUUGUGUAUCUUUUGCAAGUGUCUCAACAGCAAUCAACGUUUUUGCUAUCACUUUGGACAGAUACGACAUCUCUGUAAAACCUGCAAACCGAAUUCUGACAAUGGGCAGAGCUGUAAUGUUAAUGACAUCCAUUUGGAUUUUUUCUUUUUUCUCUUUCCUCAUUCCUUUUAUUGAGGUAAAUUUUUUCAGUCUUCAAAGUGGAAAUACAUGGGAAAACAAGACACUUUUAUGUGUCAGUACAAAUGAAUACUACACUGAACUGGGAAUGUAUUACCACCUGUUAGUACAGAUCCCAAUAUUCUUUUUUACUGUUGUAGUAAUGCUAAUCACAUAUACCAAAAUACUUCAGGCUCUUAAUAUUCGAAUAGGCACAAGAUUUUCAACAGGGCAGAAGAAGAAAGCAAGAAAGAAAAAGACAAUUUCUCUAACCACACAACACGAGGCUACAGACAUGUCACAAAGCAGUGGUGGGAGAAAUGUGGUCUUUGGUGUAAGAACUUCAGUUUCUGUAAUAAUUGCCCUCCGGCGAGCUGUGAAACGACACCGUGAACGACGAGAAAGACAAAAAAGAGUCUUCAGGAUGUCUUUAUUGAUUAUUUCUACAUUUCUUCUCUGCUGGACACCAAUUUCUGUUUUAAAUACCACCAUUUUAUGUUUAGGCCCAAGUGACCUUUUAGUAAAAUUAAGAUUGAGUUUUUUAGUCAUGGCUUAUGGAACAACUAUAUUUCACCCUCUAUUAUAUGCAUUCACUAGACAAAAAUUUCAAAAGGUCUUGAAAAGUAAAAUGAAAAAGCGAGUUGUUUCCAUAGUAGAAGCUGAUCCCCUGCCUAAUAACGCUGUAAUACACAACUCUUGGAUAGAUCCUAAAAGAAACAAAAAAAUUACCUUUGAAGAUAGUGAAAUAAGAGAGAAAUGUUUAGUACCUCAGGUUGUCACAGACUAGAGAAAAGUCUAAGUUUCACCAAAUCCACAUUCAAAUGAGUUUUAAAUUUAAAUUGUAAAAACUGAUAUUACUGCCAAAUAUAAGAAGAAAUAUUUUAAGUAUUGAUUAUGUUGUAAAUUUUCAAUGUGAAUGUCAAUUAGAUUAGGUCAUAUAUAUUCAACUUCAUUACUUAAUGUAUUUGUUGCAUGGCAGUUUGUUAAAGUAUUAUCAUGUGUAUAUUUUGUCAAUAUUAUGUCCAACAGAAAAUAUUCAUGUAAGUCAUAUUUUCUAAAGAAUAAAUACAUAGCCUUAAAACAGUGUAUAACUUUAAAGUGUAACUAACAUAGGUAUCCUUGCUUUUUUUUGAAGUUACAGUGCAUUAUUUCUAAGCCACAAAUUACAGAUAUAUUUACAUGACAACUGGGGUAGCAUUUUAACCUAAAACCCAAAAUUAUGGGCUCAAAACAAUCCAGGAUUUUCCAUACCACUAUUCUAUGUUUGCUGGUAUAGUGUAUUUGCUAUGUCUGAUGCAUCAAAAAUAAUGAACUAUGUAUGAAGCUGUAUUCUUUUAAAUGUAAAAAAUAAUAGGAUUUAUCAAAAUUUUAAAAUUAAUGUACAACAAAAAAAAAACCUCUGUAUACACACCAAGAUAGAGAAACUUUAAAAUUCAUGUUCACUAUGAAAAAAAAAAACAAAACUGAUUUUCUAAGUUCAAGGACAGUAUGCCUACAAUAUACAAAUGAAAAGAAAAUAAAGGGAAGGAAGAACACUAAAGCACCAGUCUUUUUCUUCCCUUCUCUCUUUGCUUAAGUUUAAGCCAAAUGCUCUGGAUUAAUACAGUAUACUGGUUAAAAA